AUAUCCAUUAGUAUACACCCAGAUACCCUUUUUAACUUGAAAAAAUAUUAAUUGCGCGCUUCAUUUUCGCUUUUGAGAGGGUGAAUUGCAUUGAGUCAUCUCAUUGUUGUCCCCACAAUUCAAAGACUUGCUUGAAAGCAGAUUCAGUAGUGAUUAUUUUCCAGCUAUCUCGCAGGCCAACUAAAGUUCAUCUACCCAAAGACAAGUUUUCUUUUUUAAUCUACAAACAGAUAAUUAGGAAAUGGUCAUGGAGGCAUCACCUUCACCUCAGUGCGUCGGUCGUGAAUUUGUCCGACAGUAUUAUACACUACUGAACAGGGCUCCUACCCAUCUCCAUCGGUUCUACAACAACCAUUCUUCUUUUGUUCACGGAGGACUAGAAAGCAACAGAGAAUCAUUACCUGCUAUUGGUCAAAAACAAAUACACCAGAAAAUUCAAGCUCUGAAUUUCCAAGAUUGUCACGCCAAAAUCAAUCAAGUUGAUUCUCAAUCAACCCUUGGCAAUGGAGUUGUCGUUCAGGUUUCUGGAGAAUUAUCUAAUGCUGGUCAUCCCAUGCGCCGCUUCACUCAAACAUUCGUGCUAGCUGCCCAAGGUCCUACCAAAUAUUAUGUUCACAAUGAUAUUUUCCGGUACCAAGAUUUUGGAUAUGGUGAUGAAGAAGAAGAGGAGGAGGUAGAAAAUGAUGCCAAUGUUAAUGAAACUGUUGAAAGGGAAGAAGAUGCUGAAAACACCCGACAAGAGGCUGAAAAAGAUGACCAACAAAAUCAAAUUUCUCAAAUAACAACAAAAAUUAGUAAUGAUCAAAUAGGUCAAAAUCAGUUACAACAGCAGCCCCCACAGUUGGCUCAGCAACAGCCUAUGUAUUAUGCGAUACCACCACAAGCAGUUCAUCCUUCAACCAUGCAAGUUACAAUCAAUGGUUCGGUCCAUGAAGACUCAUCAAUAAUUGCUCAACAACCCCUUCAACAGCCUCAAUCUCUACAGCAACAAUAUGCAACUGAAAAAUCGAAUGAAGAAUCAUUCCAAUCUGAAAGUGAACAUUCAGGAACAAAUCAACAACAAACUAUUAAAACUGAUUCUCAUGUUGCAUCUGAAGAGAGUCACGAACCAUCUGAAACAGAGCAGAACUAUAUACCAUCUGUUCCUGAAACAGAACCUGACCAGCUAUCUAUGCAAAAUGUUAUGAGCAAUGGUCCUAAAACAUACGCUAAUCUCGUUAAAGCUCUUCCAACCGUUGGAACUACUAGUCCACAGACUCCUAAACCUUCACUAUCACCCCCACCAGUACAAAAUCUCCACAUAGAAGACAGAAUUCCUAUGCAUCAACAAUCAACAGGAGCACCUCUUCCAGCAUCCAACAAUGUGCCAUCAAAUCAACAUGCGCAUAGAAUGGGAGGCCUUCAACAACAGACACAACAACAGUAUCAACAAAGGUUACCUAGAACUGGGGGACCUAUGCAAAGAGAUGGCGAGCGUCGUACUAGUCGACCAGGAGGAUAUACUGAUGCACAUCAAUUAUUCCUUGGAAAUCUCCCUCAUAACGCGUCUGAAAAUGACUUGAGACAAGUUUUUGAACGAUAUGGCCGCGUUGCUGAUCUUCGUGUCCACAGCAAAUCAAAUGGAAACGCUAAAGGAAUUCAAGGACAAAAUAAUACCAGAGUACCAAAUUAUGGAUUUAUAACCUUUGAAGAUUCAACCGUUGUCAAUAAAGUACUUAAUGAUCUCCCAAUCUAUUUCCCGGAUCAAAAUGGUCAAAAAUUGAAUGUUGAAGAAAAAAAAGUUAGACCACGUGAAGGUGGUAGUGGGCGAUCGAAUACCAGCAACGAUGGUAACAUUCGUCCUCUAGGAACUCAACAGCAGCAACAACGUGGUCCAGGUGGUCCUGGUAUUAUGAGAGGUGGUCAACACGGCGGUACCCGAGGGCGUGGUGGAUUCAAUCGCGGUGGAGGUGAAAGUGGGCGAGGAGGAUUAAGACAAUCUGGAGGAAAUCCAAACAGCCAAAACUACCAUAACCGUCGUUAAUUUUUACAAAAUACCAAACUCUAGCUCGUGACUUUCUGAUAUUUUCUAUACAUUGUCAAGACACAAACUAAAAUUAAAACGUCAAGGAAACAUUUUCACAAGAAAAAUUAAAAAUGAAGUGAUCUUUAAAAGAACAUUUGAAAACUCGAGAAAACUACAUUCCGAUUGCAUAGGAAUAUAUUUUCCCGAGACCUCCUUUAUUAAAAAAAAACUUGAACAAAUAUUUCAUGUGCUAUAAAAAUCUUUUUUAAGGCAAAAUACAAUGCUUGUCAAUUCUUAAGAUUAAAAUUAGCCUUAAAGAGCUUAUGUAACUUAAUUCAUAGUUUUUUUAUAAUCUUUCAGACGUCAUAAUGCAAUCUGAGUUGCGCAUAGUUCAACUGCGACUCAUAUUGAAAUAUUUUUGCCUAGUUAAAAACUAAUUUAAUGGAAAAUUAUAAAAUUCUGUUCAAGUUUUGACUUGGUCAGAUUAUUAGUUAUGAGAAACAGGCCUUAAUUCAUCAAUUCAUGAGUCAAGAAUUGUACUGAAGCUUAUUAAGUUAUGCCUUUAUAUAUUAGUAAAGUUGGUUCAAAUUUUAUAGGCUGUGCUACCAAAUUUUGGUAAGCUAUAUAUGUAUUAAAAGUAAGUGCGAUAGCUAUUGCAACUAAUUAUUUAUUACUCAAACUUAAAAAGUUUUAUAUUAAAUCAACUGUCUAAAAGGCAAGCUUUUGGUUUUUGUAACUCAGUUAAUUUUUAUUUGAGGCAUUUAAAAAAAGACUAUUAAUAUGUUUAAGUCUUGUAUAACUUCAUUUAUACCGAUAAUAAUUUUGAAUAGCAUAGCCUAAUAAAUUUUGAUUGCAUUGGACUUGAAUUAUUUGAAUAAUUUGUACAGCAUAUUCCUACACUUUUGUUAUUUAUUGAAAUUAAUACUUUUCAAUCCAGUACAGAUCUUGAUAAAGAGGCUACUUGAUAUAAAA